UAAUUAUUUUUAACAAAUUUGUUAAGAUGUAUCAUAUGUAAUUAUCGUGAUACUUCAAAAGCCAUUGAUGCUGCCAAACAAUGGAUGUUAUCGAUAAUUCGAAACAAAAAGGUGGCGGUGGAUCGAUAAUCUCUGAUAAUGAUGAUGGGGAUUUAAAGUUCUUUAACACGACCACUGAAAGCAGGAAAGACAGUGAAACAUCAGAUACCGGUGGUGAGGGCACCGGCAAUGACGGAGACACUGAUGCCAAGGAAAGCAAACACUUCGUAGAUGCCGAUGGCGACUCUGGAGAGCCCUCGCAAAAGAAGCUGAAGACUAAAAAAGAGCUCGAAGAGGAAGAACGUGAGAGGAUGCAAGUUCUGGUGUCCAACUUCACAGAGGAGCAACUAGACCGCUAUGAAAUGUAUCGUCGAUCCGCGUUCCCAAAAGCCGCUGUUAAGCGACUAAUGCAGACUAUAACAGGUUGCUCAGUCUCCCAAAAUGUGGUCAUAGCCAUGUCUGGCAUUGCCAAGGUAUUCGUGGGCGAAGUGGUGGAGGAGGCUCUGGAUGUGAUGGAAGCGCAAGGAGAAUCUGGCGCACUGCAGCCAAAAUUCAUACGCGAAGCUGUGCGUCGAUUACGCAGCAAAGGACGUAUGCCCAUUGGACGCUUUCAGCAACCUUACUUUAGAUUAAACUAAUUACUUAACAUAUAUAUAUAUAGCAUAAGACAAUACAUAGAUUACGUAAAUAUACAAAAAGCGUCUUUAUUCGUUAAA